GUUCGCGCAACCAAUGGCGAAAUGAUAUAUAAAUCGCUAAUAAGCGUGAAUUCUGGCAGUUGCAUUCGCGAUUCGUUCCGCGUUGGUUCGCACCCGUACAAAUAUAGUUCGUAUUAGAGAAUACUAGAUCGCGCCACGAUCGUGUUGUCACAGAAAGAGUACACCAUCAUCCAUAGUUCCAUUUUUCAUCAAAUUUCUAUAGUAUCACCAAUGGACACUGGAUAAACGCGAGUGGAAAGGAUUUGUUGCGAUUGAACGUGGUGUUCAUAAGUUUCCGGUACAAGAUGAUCGAAUUCUAAAGGGACAAUAUUUAUUCAUUAACAACGGCUGACGCAACGGACACAAUGAAGAAGAACUCGGGCACACACAAAUAUAACGCACUAUCUUUUCUCAGUAGCGUUAAAUAUGAGCACUUAUUAGCUGGGAUUUCUGGUGGUGCUAUUUCAACGCUUAUCCUGCAUCCUUUAGAUCUGAUGAAAAUUAGGUUUGCUGUAAGCGACGGCCGAACAACAAUACCACAAUAUAGUAGUUUAACAAAUGCUUUCUACACAAUAGUUAAACAGGAAGGUGUAAAAGGUUUAUAUAGAGGUGUUGCUCCGAACGUAUGGGGUUCCGGCAGUGCAUGGGGUUGUUAUUUCCUGUUCUACAACACAAUAAAAACAUGGAUACAAGCGGGUGAUAGCGCGCAACCGUUGGGGCCAUCGUUGCAUAUGAUAGCGGCAGCGGAAGCUGGGGUUCUUACAUUACUUGUAACCAAUCCAAUUUGGGUGGUAAAAACUCGACUGUGCUUGCAAUACGGCUCGGAUAUGCCUGUUGCAAGUAGUAAGUGUUACCGAGGGAUGACGGACGCUUUAGUUAAGAUUUACCGGACAGAGGGAGUGCGGGGGCUUUAUCGGGGUUUCGUUCCUGGGAUGUUUGGAGUGACCCACGGCGCCCUCCAGUUUAUGACGUACGAAGAAAUGAAGGCGUUUUACAACCGUUAUAGGACAUUGCCGUACGAUAGCAAGUUGACUACCGGAGAGUAUUUAUUCUUUGCGGCCGUUUCAAAAUUGAUAGCGGCCGCUGCUACGUAUCCUUAUCAGGUGAUAAGAGCUAGAUUGCAAGAUCAACAUCACACGUAUGAGGGUACUUGGGAUUGCGUCAAGAGGACAUGGAAAUACGAGAGGAUGAGAGGUUUUUAUAAAGGGCUCGCUCCGUACCUGCUACAUGUGACCCCUAAUAUUUGUCUAGUCAUGUUAAUUUACGAGAAAUUCACCAAUAAUUAAAAAUUAAUUAAAAUUAAUUACAAAAAUCUGACCUUUGAUUAUUUUAGCGCAACACCAUGGUCGGUUUCGAAACUAAAGUUAAUAAAUAAAAAAUCUAAAAUUUAUGAACCGGCUGUUUUACUCUAAUCGUUAAGUUAUUUUAUCUCCUAGGGUUAGUUAGGAAAAAUUAUUUAUGAUUCUAUUUAAUUCGUUUAUUUAAAUUUUAGUUAUUAAUUAUAAAAUUUUUAAAAAAAUAAUAUUAAACUCUUGUUUCUAUCGAUAUUGACCGGACGUAGGAUAUUUGAUAGUUGAAUUUUGAUCAUGCUGUACAUAGUCUGAGACGGAUAUUUAUCAUUCAAGCAAGGUUGUGAACACUAUUUUUUUAAGAGAGUUUCUUUCUUAUUUUGUAAUUCUUAUCUAAUUAAAAAAAACGAUCUUCAGUU